CAGGUUUGCCUUAACCACUCAGACCAUUAGCUCUGUCACCACUGUCUCUUGACUACAAACUCUACAGGGAACCACUGCUAUACAUCUGGACUUGUCUUUUUGUAACAACCUCCAGUUAAGCCAAUCAACUUGAUCAUCAGGCCUUGCCAAAAUGAAACUGUUUCUCCAGUUCGUCUUGCUUUGUUGUGUGCUGGCCACACUUGUGCCCUGCUCCAGGAGCACCCAGGCAGAACUCAGCGCAGAGAGCAGAAAGAGGUUAAGCAUCUGGCUGCAAAGCUUGGUGAGAAGAGACGUCCACAGAAGAUUAAGCGUGAGGGAGGAGGACUCUCUCAACAGGCUCGAGGAGAGCAGGAGCAGCACACCCCUCAUGUCCCACCUCAGAAUAAAGAGGACGUCAAACCCCAUGAAGACGUCCGGUUGCAACCUGGUCACCUGUGCUGUCCACGAACUGGCCCACCGCCUGCACGGCAUCAACAAGCAGAAAGCCGAGGCCCCCCAGCACAAAAUCGGCGCCAAUGGAUACGGUCGCCGUCGGAGACGCUGACUCGAGCAGCUGUUCUCCACGCUCACCUCCCAGAGGAGCCGAGCGCGGCUGUCAAGAGCACGCAACAGCAGCAGCAGACGCGGAACAGCCUUCAGACGGACAUGAGGCAAUUGGGGAGAGUGAGAAGAGAAACAGAAAGAGGGAGAGAGAGAGAGUGAAGGAAAGCGAAAGAGGGGGGCAGUCUGUUUUUUUUCUCUGUCUUUUCUUUCUAUUUUUUGUUGUUGUUGUGGGUAAAACCAGCACUGGCCUCAGCUUGGUGAAAUGCUACUGAUGUCUCUUGAACUCUAGGGGUAUUCUCGCCUAGCAUGGGGGAAUAAGGGGAAUCCCAGCCACAUACUCUGGCUUGGCUUACCGAACCAUGCUGGGGACAUUCUCUUUGUCUUCUGCCAUCAACACCUGGGAGAAAGACAGACGAUGUAGACCCCCCGAAGUCCUGGGGUGCAAAGGGGAGUAAGAGGGGAGGAGAGGAGAGGAAAAAGAGAGAGAAAGAGAGGAGAGCUCAGCCCACGAAUGUGUCUUAGUCUGAAUGUGGAUUGAUGUGAAAGCAGGUGUUACAGUAUGUGUGUGCGUGCGUCUGUGUGUGUUUGCAUGUGUGUCUCUUACAUUUGAGACUCGCUAGUCUAGGAGCUGACCAGCCUCUCUAUGUCUCCUCCCUCAGCUCAACAUGUGCUCCCCCUGGCCUCCUCAGAUGGACACUUGUGAAAGGGAGGGGGGUCACCUUUUUGGACUUUACCAGCACUUUGCCAUGUGUGGUGAUGAUGAUGAUGAUGAUGAUGAUGAUGAUGCAGGACUGAACUGACACAGAGGGCACUCCAGCGAACGAAGAUAAAGAAGAGGAAGAGGAGCCAGACGGACAGAUCAUUAUCAGCACAUGCUUUCACUCAGACGGCAAUUACAGCCAGAUUCACCUGUGGACAGGACGGAUGUGGAUGCUAGAGGAGAACUGUUUUUACAGAUGCGGGAAAAAUGAACACAGACUUAUGAAGCUCACUCGUGUUUUGAUACUGUAAAGUCCACUUAAGGGGGCUGCUGCCACAUUAUACUUGAACUGAAACUUGUAUAUUAAGGGAAAUGUGCAAUAAAUGUAUUAUAAUGUACAAAUUAUCAUUCAUAUGUAUAUAAAGGUUAAAAUAUAUUUGAUAUAUAUAAAUAAUUUACCAUAUAUUUAUACACAUUUAAUUGUAAUUGUAAGAAGUAACUAUUUUUUAUACUGAAAAUAUGUAGACAUUGUACCCUACCUUAACAAUCAAAUUUUGAAUUUCCAAUGUAAUUUAAUCUAUGCUAAUAUUAGAUCCACUGUUGUUAAGUUCAUAUCCCUUUUUUACAGUCCAAGUAACAAAAAUCAAUCAUUAAACUUUUGCAAACAGGA